AUUGUCUCUUCCUCCGUUCUCAUCCUACACACACUCUGUGCUCCAUUCCACUCCACUGCAAUACAAGUGAUUCAGUCGGUGGGCUUAUUCCCUUCUGCCAGUUGCCUAUAUCUACAUCCUCCCAAACAAACCUCUUCCUUUUAUCUACUUCGCCCCGUGACCUCUCCAUCAUCUUAUAUCUCACUUACUCAAAAUCAAUCAAUACUCCUCUGCUCUCUCCUGCUUUCAUCUCUUCAAUCCCUUCUCAUUGGCCACCUUCCCUUUCCCUUCAUUCUAGGCAACACCAAUUUUGGUAUCUUUUUCAACUCCCAACCAAAUGCCCUCUUCUCUUCAUAGUCCUAAUUCAUAAACAACUAGCUAGUUACACCCUUCCUUCUUGUGUGUGUUACUGUUUUCUGUUCUGUUCUCUAAACCCCUUGGCCUUUUCUUCAUUUAUUUAUAUUUUUUUUUAAAACAAAACAACUUUUCCUUCCUUGUUUUCUUUUGGGUUUAGGGUUUUUGUACCUUUUCCCCUGUUCCUCAAUUCUCAGCUAACUUCACUUCACAACCAUGUCACUGCAAUUCUAGAACAAUAUACAGUUACAGACAUCAUUCAUUAUAUGAAUCUAGAAAUGUCUUCUUCGUGUUUGAGUGGUGCAGGAGGAAGAGCAACCUACGGAUUCGAUUUGGAUUUUGUUAAAUCUCCAUCUUCAUGGAGCAGAACCUCACAGUCAUCUUCUUCACCUUCUUCCACCAUCUCUGAAUCCAGCAAUUCCCAAUUAGCAAUCGCCACCAGAAAACCCAGAACCCCUCGGAAACGACCCAACCAAACCUACAACGAAGCCGCCGCGCUUCUCUCCACCGCCUACCCCAACCUCUUCUCCACCAAGACCCUCAAACAAACACCGUCACCAACCAAUCACAAUUUCAUCAAGGAAGCAUCAGCAGCAGAAUCAUCGGAAUUGCUUUUCCCUUUCAGGGUUUUGGACACGUCGUCAUCGUCUUAUCUACUUCACGGCCCAAUCCAGCACAACCCACCGCCGCCGGAGCUCAAGGCGGUGGGUGUGGUGCCGGAGAAGCCGUGUCGGAGCCCCGGGGAGAUAAGCUCCAGGGUGAAUUUACUCGAUUUGGUGGAGGAUGAUUGCGGAGAUGAUUUCGAUGCCGAAUCGAUUCUCGACGAGGAAAUCGAGGAAGGGACGAUUGACAGCAUCAUGGGAGGGAGGGUUCAGGAGGAUUCCGACGGAGCUUCCUGGCAACACCACCCGUGGAUUGGAUUUGGCGGGAAAUUCGAUUUCCGGCUAGGGUUUCCGAGGGCUGGAGUCAGGGCUCUCCGCUGCCAUGUCGAUGACGGCGAUUGGUGGAACUUUCCGCCGGUUGACAUCCUCCAGAUUUCGCCCAAGAUUAUCGGCGGCGGUGGAAGCAAACAUCCGCCGGAGAAGAAGAAAAAGAAGAAGGUGGCGGUGGCUGCGGUGGCGGAGAAACCGAAGGUGGAGUUGAACGAAGCGGAAUUGCCGAAAGCGAACGCUAGUUUGAUGUUGAAACUGAAUUACGACGACGUUCGGAGUGCUUGGUCUGGCCGGGGCUCGCCGUUCUCCGAUGACAGCCCCGCCUCCGAUGCGCCGGGAAAUGACGUCACGGCACGGCUAUCACAAAUUGAUUUAUUGUGGGACAAUGGCGGAGUGAGGGAAGCUAGCGUGCUUCGCUACAAAGAGAAGCGACGUACGCGGCUCUUCUCGAAGAAGAUCAGAUACCAGGUCAGAAAAGUCAACGCAGAUCGACGGCCUAGAAUGAAGGGGCGAUUUGUUACGAGGCUGAAUUCUAGCUCAAAUGCACACAGAUGAUAUGAAAAUGUAGGAGCAGUAAAGCACAUCCUUUUUUGAUACUUCAUUUUGAAAAGAAAAAAAGUAAGAUACCAUAUACCAUCUUCAGAAGACAAUCCCCAAUGCUGUAAGAAGCCUAAGACUAUCAUUAUGGAGUCAAUUAAGUAAGAUCAAUUAAUAAUUGGUCUUCAGACUCACAUUUUUGCAUAGCUCUGUUCAGAGUUAUACCAAGUCCACAUUAUGGGCCUUGUUCUGGGAUAAGAGGUUCUUUGAGGCCAGAAAUGACCGUUCCACUGCGAUUGGGCACCACAUCCCUUCCAUUGCCAUUAAACCUUAUGAGUUAUGACUCUUCAAAAGAAUAGCCAAAUCCUCUGUUGCUACGUUACAAGAUUGUGAACCAAAUGUAGCAACUUCCUUAAGAGAUCGCCAUUUCCCCCAGGCUUCUGAGAUUGUAAUUGGACUCUCAGUUGCCAUACUAAUGCAAGAUUAGUUUCCCCUUAUUUUGUCUUGGAAAUGAAAAAUGUCACAUUUUGUGCACCAAAAAAUUUGUUG